AUGAUAUCUGUUCACAAGGACGAAAAAGAAGACAACAAGCUUUUGCUUUCAGCAAAAAGCGGCAGAGGAGAAGCCAGCAAGCGCGACGCUGCUGCGCUGCAGCAGCAGCAACAGCCGCAGCAGCAGCAGCAGCAGCAGCAGCGAGAAGCAAACGAACCUGCAACAGCAGCAGCAACAGACGCAGCGCCUCCAAAGAGAGCCCCAGCAGAGACUCGCUCUUUGCUUUCAAAGCUGCUGUUCAUAUCUCGCGGCUCUGUGAGGCUCGGGGCCUGGCGAACUUCCAGCAUAGUGGGGCCUGCGUUGCAGCAGCAGCAGCAGCAGCAGCAGCAGCAGCAGGGAGUGGAGCUUCUUGCUGCACUGCUGGGUCUUCAGGGGCACGUGAGUGGCCAAUUUGGAGCAAAAGAAGAAAAGAAAGAACAGAAAACUAAACUCGAGUUCAACAACUCACCGCAGUUGCAGCCUUGCUUCUGCAGCACCUUGUGCGCGUUGUCGCAUAUGGGAAACUUCGCUGCGGCAGACCCGCAGCAGCAGCAGCAGCAGCAGCAGCAGCAGCAGAAAGCCAAUGAAAUGCCGGCUCGGUGGGAGUGA